CUGUCAGAGUUCAUAGGACCAGUAUUAGCAGCCAUUUCCUACCCAACAGAGCUUUCCUGUGUUUCGUGGUGAAAAUUAUCCGAUAAAUAGCGAUAGUGUGAUAAUUGAUAAGCCUUAUUUUGUAACCAAAACUCCUGUGUGAUCCGCAGUCACAGUUGUGUUAGAUCCAUCAUUUCUUUCCCUCGAAUGGUCACGCUUGAAAUUUGAAGCACCCUUUUUUGAAAUCAAUAAUUGAAACGAGUGAAUAAUAGAAGCAAUAACAUUGACGGCUCUGGCGAAAGGAGGAAGGAAAUGAACGGCUUCAGUGCGCUAGGGAUGUUCUACUUCGCCGUUGCUGCGAUUCUGCACUUGAGGGGGAUCGUUGUCGGCCAAAGCGUGAAUGAUGGCUUUCCGGUGUCGCACUCGAUCGCCAAGCGAAUGGAUCUGGAGACAUGCCUCAUACGCUUCGAUGUCCAUUUGAACACGAUCAUACGGACGGAGGAAUCACGCUCGAUGGGUGCCAAAUUCCUUGACGACGCUGACGUCAGCUCGAGAGAGCAGUGCUUGCGGUUGUGCUGUGAAACGGAGAACUGCGAUGUGUUCGUGUUCGAAGAGAAGAACCAAGGAACCUGUUUUCUCUUCCAAUGCGGACCUCCAACGGAUUUCCAUUGCAAAUUUACGCAUCACGCCAACUACACAAGCGCUGUGUUGAAGAUUCCAUCCGUAGAGCAGCCAUCACCUCCGCUAGUUUCACAGAUUCACUCACUCGCACAACCGCCACCAGCGCCCGUAAUGCUACCUAAACUUUCCCAGCAUGAGUUGGAACUAGUAAACCUGAAAGUUCCAAAACCACCGUCAAGAAACGAUCAAACAACAUCGACCUUGCUCCCACCUCUCGGUGUUCAACUGGGACAACUACCGACUACAACAACACCAAAGUCCACAACCGCAAUCCAAUGUGGUCACUACGAAUUUCCAUGCCACUCCGGCGAAUGCAUUGCCGUCUACAACGCUUGUGAUGGAAUUCCCCAGUGUGCAGAUGGCAGCGACGAAGGCAUAGAAUGCCGAAGACCAGCGCCUGUAAAACCCUUCAAACCAAAUCCCAUUCCUCAACAGCAGCAACAACAAUUGAUAAACGGCGGUCACGUGAACCAGCUUCCUCCCCCGAAACCUAUGAUGCCACAGAUGUUUCAAACAACGUUGCAACAGCAACAGAUGAGAGUGCUUCAGCAACAGCAGCAGCAACAACAGGAUCAAUUGAAGAUGAACCAUCAAAUACCACACAACCGAGAGGAUCCGAUGACGGCGCCGAAGAGUUGGCCAAGACCCAUGAACGAUGCACAAGCAGCCUAUAUUGACUCUCCCGACAGCCACAUUUUCAAUCACAAGGGAGGACUGCAGUUAACGGCGAACAACAUCGCUCCACCGCAGUAUCAAGAUACUAUUCCGGAUACAAAUUAUAUUCCAAAUAUUCCUCGCAACAACCCGUACGUACCUCUUUCGAGCAACUACCAACCAGGUCCACCCCAGUGGACCGACCCACGAUUAUCUCCACCCCAGCGUCCAAUGUGGUCCCAACCUCAGUUGCCCCAGGAGCAAUACGUUCAGCCACCACCACAACACCAACCCGAUUCGAUUCAGCCCCAAAUUCAACCCUCUCAAAUCAUCAAUCCCCAGCCAUCCACGGUCCAGCAACAACAACAGCCACAGCUUCCACCGAUGGCCCCGCCGAAUGCCACAGGUGACCAAAGCAAACAAACGUCGAACUCUGCCGAUAGCCCAAAGAAAUCCGCCAAACCGCCCCAAUCUUCCGAAGAGUACGACUCAUACGACGACCAGUAUCAGGAGACCAAAACCUCGGGCGAAGACCACGAAGAGGAGGAAAAAACAGCUGUUGUGGAAAAACCGGAACAACUCCCGAAGAAAAAACAACACAAACACCACAAGCAGCAUUCGGACCAACAACAACAACAACAGCAGCAGCAUGAACACCAAGGAGAAGAACAUAGGAAAAAGAAUAAAUCGAAAUCCGCCAAAAAGGACAAACCAGUGGGAGGACACGGCGGAGAGGAACACGGUGCGCCCGCAGUGCACGAGCAUCUCAAGCUGCUGCGGAACGAUUUGGAGAUCGAGUUCGCGGAUCACGACGGGCAGGCCGAGCGGCCCGGAGGUGCCGUGCUGUCACUGACUUUGGGAGCAAUUAUUACCGCUGCGUUGGCCAUCCUCAUUGGCUGCCGGAUGAAGGUAGCACGAAGGAGAAUCAGGCGGCCUGGAAAGUCAUCCUAUGCCCACGAUGCGGACUUCCUCGUGAAUGGGAUGUAUCUUUAAAAGACGGAAAAAAGGAAAUUGUAGUAUUAGGUUCGGUUGACUUUUUUUUCAAUAAUUGAUCUAGGUUGUAACUGGGCCGGCAUCAUUUUCUAUCACACGCAACAGGGAUAUUGUUUCGAAACAACAGUCAGAAUUGUGAAAACGCUUUAUCGUGAAUAAAGUAGAUACUAGAAAAAU